CCCAUUUUCCUCUGAUUUUUCUUUUUGUUCCUUUUCUUCUCUGUUCUUCUCUACGUUCUUCUUCGUCUUGCGUCUUCGUCUUGCGUCUUCAUCUUCUUCAUUCUUCUAGCGUCUUCGUCUUCUUUUUCUUCGUCUUCCUAUAUCACCUUCCUCAGCCGUCCAGCGUGCUCCGCCGCACCCUUCAUCAACCCGUCGAUCGCGCUUCGCCGCUGCCCACCGAUGUCCUCAAACGCCAACCCUAAUUUUUCCCGUGUGUGAUACCCGCCAUUGAGGGACAACGUACUUUUGGGCAGAAAUCUAAGCGUCGAUCCAAGCUUGCUGCAUAAUAGGAAUUUAUAUUUGUAAAUCAGUAAUGGCAAGAACCAACCGUGAAAGGCAAUCUGUAUUGCAAGAGGUUGGAGGUCACCACUCCGACGGGUCACAAGAGCCUUAGCACGCAGCAGCCCCAAGACAACCAAUCAUCCGGAGGUUAGUGCACCCUCUCCACCGAAGCAAGUUGGUCCUAAACGGAUGACCACUAGACGCAAGGGUGCCCAUGUCUCACCUCUUUUGGACCACUUAAAAUCAAUUGCCGAAGAGUGGGAGAGAGAGUGGGAUGCUUGGACGGCAGUAAGGGCAGAUGCAUCCUCCGUUCGACGCCCUUUACUGCAGGACUCACAAGAGCCAGAGCAGACGGUGAUCGGCGAUGUGAUUGAUGAUGAUACGAUAGGUCCUACGCAGGGGAUGGAAACAACUGGGCCCAUUACAUUGGGAAUAAACCAUGCACCGGUGGCUGAAACCGAUGGUCCUCCGGAAAUGGAUAAAGAUGAUUUCACCCAGAGAGAUGAACCAGCUAAGAUGAAAGGUCCAAUGACAGAAACUAAGAGGGGGCGGGGAGUGGCUAAGAUGCCUCGUGGAUGGGGUGGGGACACCCCAAUGACUGUGUUUAUGGUCAGGAAUGGCAGAAGCAUCAUCGGGCCAGAUGUGAAGGAUUACAAAAGUGGAGUUUGAGUCAUCGCCAGAAAUGGGAUGCGUCUUCCAUUACGGUAUUCAAGUUUCCAAGCAAUUCCCGAACAGUUGCGGGAAGGUGCAUGGAUUGAGAUACGUGACAAUUGUAGGCUUCCGGAUUCGGCAGAGAAGGUUGUUAUGGGUGACCUGAAGGAUGUCUGGUGCCAUUGGAAAUGCAUCAUCAAGUCUACAUACUUCGCACCACAUCAGAAUGACGACGAAGCAUUAAAGAAAGUCCCCACCGAUCGGAUUGUCGCUGAAGAAUGGCCGUUGCUUGUCCAAUAUUGGAAGGAUGAAAAGGUUAAGGAUAUUGCACGGAGAAAUACCAAUAAUUCCAUAAAAAGAAAGUUUCCGCACAGGACUGGCCGGAAACCAUUCACAACGUUGGCGGAUGAGAUAAAGGCAACAGGGAAAGAGCCUGAUAAUUUGGAAAUUUGGAUGUCGUCUCGCACGAAAAGACGUGGUGGUGAUGAUGAGAUGACUGAUGAUAUUUUGUGCUCUAGCCUCACAGAUGGAAGGUCACUGACGCCGGGGACUAAUGUCCUUAACCCGUUGACGAUCGGGUCUCGUAUUCUUCUCAUAUCUCGUGGCUUGGAAAAACACGUUGUUGGUGAGGGGGUGUUGCUAUCCGAUCCUACCCCAGGUGACACUGUUGACAUAGUAAGGGUUUUUGUUACAACUGCUACUGUUCCGGAGGCUGAGCUUAUUCUACGGACAACAUCUGGAGCACAAACACUCGGUGAGGUUGUCCGCGGCGAACCAAUCGACUGGACAUUCAAAGAUUUUGUUUGUCGCCCGUAACUACGGUGUACGGCCACUUUGACGCUGCAUGGGACGUUGCAGCAUGGCACGUAGUUCUAUGAUGAUUGACUUUUGUUUGUGGAUUGAUGCUAACUGAGUCCUUUAUGUUGGUUGAACUUGCUGUCUCUGCUACAUUUUGUGUGUUUGUUGCUACGCUUUGCCAUAUAUGUUAGGCUAUGUUGCGAAAUAUUUAUGUUUCUACACAGUGCAUACUUGCUACAACUCAUGGUGAUACAGAAUUGCCGUAAUAUUUCCAU